GCCCAGGGGAGGAGGAGUUCAGCCGGUGUAUUAAGGAGGGUGGGCACUCUGGGCUUUGUCAGAAGUUCGUCCUCCCUGAAGUUUUCCACGCUGCUCCACCGCGCCCUCUGCUGUCCGGGACGGGACGUUUCCCGCAUCCUUGUUUUCCUCUUGAGGCGAGUUCACGUUCACAGCACAGAACUGAACUCCAGAUGGAAUACUUCCUUCUAGAAACCAAUUGGUGGCCAUUUUAUCAUGUAUGAUGGCUCAGAAUCUCAGGAAAGAUUUUUUUAGGGAGGGGGAACUCCCUGUUGUAUGAGUCUGUAUGUUGGAGUGAAACUGGCAGGUUUGGAUGACACCCUCGGGCCCCUCCGCCUGGACUUGUGGGUCUGUCACCCCAACUGGCUUCGAGUGGAGAUGGGGUAUCUGGGGGAGAGUCCCAGAGAGAAUACAAGGAAGGACGAGCCCAGAGAGAGGGCAGAGGCACCUUUAAAGUCCCGGGUCUUUCUGUCCAGGCAUCGUGUCUACAGGUCGUUUGCCCUCGAGGGACCGCGGGACACAGUGUCUUCAAUGGCUUCAUUGGUGGCCUAUGAUGACUCGGACUCCGAGGCUGAGAGCGAGCUUGCGGGAAGCUGUGCUGCCGCUGGCCAGAGGAAGGACUCUUGUGUUACGGUCGAACCGCGCGGCCAGGCUUUCGCAUCGGGAGUCCUGGACAGGACAGGAGGCACACUGCCCACCAAGCACGGCUCCUGUGAAGACCCAGCCGGCCAGCGUCUCCCACUGGCUCGGCUCUGGAGGAGCGACCCUGGCUCUUGCCCCAGCCAGAGGCUACAGUGGCCCAGGACAGAGCCCGACGUCACCUUCCCCGCAAGCGGGCCUCCUCGUCCUUCCCUGUGGACCAGCCACGCUCCCGCUGGCCAUGUGCCCCGGGCAGCCGCCUGCUUGAAGCAGGUGAGACUCUCCUGGGGAACUUACGACCCCCCGGAGCCACCUUUCGGUGCCCAACCCAAACCUGAGACCCCGGGGAAGAGUGGCAGCUCUCUUCAGAAGAAAAGGCGAGAGGACUGUAUUGUGCCCUACACCCCGAAGAGACUGAGAUGCUCGCAAGCGUUAAGCACAGAAACAGGCAAGAACAAAGAUGCGGAGGCCCGGGAUCCCUCUCUGCGCCCCCCGCGCCCUCUGUGCACGGCCCCCCAAGUGUCCGAGUUCAUCCAGCCGUACCUGGGCACCCCGUAUAAGGAAACCCAGAUAUCCCAGAAGGUCCUCUUCCACCUGCGAGGCCACAAGGGCCCCGUCAGCAGCAUCCAGUGGUGCCCCGUCUUUUCAAAGAGCCACAUGUUCCUCUCGGCUUCUCUGGAUAAAACCUUCAAGGUGUGGAACGCGGUGGACUCGGGGAGAUGCCUGCAGACCUACUCUCUGCACAGUGAGGCGGUGCGGGCUGCUCGGUGGUCUCCCUGCGGCCAGCGCAUCCUCAGCGGUGGCUUCGACUGCGCUCUGCACCUCACCGACCUUGAAACAGGAACCCAGGUAUUCAGCGGUCAGAGUAACUUCAGAGUCACUACCUUGAAAUUUCAUCCGAAAGACCACAACCUUUUUGUGUGUGGGGGCUUCAGCUCUGAGGUCAAAGCCUGGGAUGUGAGGGCCGGCAAGGUGGUGAGAAGCUACAAGGCGACCAUCCAGCAGACCUUGGACAUCCUCUUCCUCCGGGAAGGCUCUGAGUUUCUGAGCAGCACAGAUGCUUCGAGCCGGGACUCCGCCGAUCGCACCAUCAUCGCCUGGGAUUUCCGGAGCUCCGCCAAAAUCUCCAACCAGAUCUUCCAUGAGAGGUACACCUGCCCCAGCCUGGCCUUGCACCCGCGGGAGCCUGUGUUCCUGGCCCAGACCAAUGGCAACUACCUGGCCCUCUUCUCCGCUGUGUGGCCCUACCGGAUGAGCAGAAGGCGGCGCUACGAAGGGCACAAGGUGGAAGGCUACGCGGUGGGCUGCGAGUGCUCCCCGGACGGAGACCUGCUGGUGACGGGCAGCGCGGACGGCCGGGUCCUGCUCUACUGCUUCCGCACGGCCAGCCGGGCGCGCACGCUGCACGGGCACACGCAGGCCUGUGUGGGCACCACCUUCCACCCUGUGCUGCCUUCUGUCCUCGCCACCUGCUCCUGGGAGGGUGACAUCAAGAUCUGGCACUGAGCCUUCCAGCGCAGCGCCCCUGGACAGACAUUGCCGCCCGGCUCCCUGGGGUGGGGGGGACUAAUGCCGAGGCUGGCGCUCCCCGCUGGGGUCCUCAGUUUCCUCUGAAGCCAGGCCAGCAGCCUUUUGUCUCAGUGGUGAGGCUGGGAAGUGAGCGCCUGGCACCCUGCUCGUGGCGCUCAGUAAAUACGCGCGUUUCGCUGUUUUGUAGGUGA